UUAUCAGCCAGAGACAAACGUGGAGAGAAAAGACGCUGCUCGGAAGAUUGAGCAGCUUAACGCUGAGCUCGAGCCUCUCCAGCGAGAGGAGUGGGAGCUGUCCACAUCUAUGAGAAGGACAGGACUACGUAAUAAGCCUGGCAGGAAGCCUCAAUGGAGAUGGACAGAGCAGACAGGCAAGCUAGUGCGUUCGUCCAAAGGCGGUAUAGACUGGUGGAGAUAUCAGAGCUGCGUUCUGAUCCCAAAGCUGAUUCCUUUCGCCAAAGAGUGCCUCCAAGAUAGGCCUCAGACCGUAGUUAUGGAGGAUAAGGCACCUGGGCACGCCCACCAGUAUCAGAACGUUGUCUAUAGUCUAUCCAACGUCGAGAGACUACUUUGGCCUGGCAACUCUCCAGACUGUAACUGUAUUGAGCCAUGCUGGUUCUACAUGAAGAGAGAGACUACAAAGAAAGGAGCUCCACAGUCAAGAACGGAGGCAACUAGAAUCUGGCUAAAUUGCUGGAGAGAUCUCCCACAAGCUAAGAUCCAAGCUUGGAUUGAGCGUAUUCUUAUACAUAUUCCAAAGAUAAUUGAGCUACAAGGUGGUAAUGAGUAUAUAGAGGGGAGAGAUAGGCGUUGUGUAGGAGAGCGGCCAGAUUUCGGCUAA